UUUGGGUUGAUUCACCCGAUCCGACACGAUCUGGGUUACGUUGCAACCUCGUGAAACCCGUUCAUACCAGUAAAAUUCACCCAAGAAAGCUGAAAGCCAGAUCAAGAUGGAAAAGCAAAGCGAUCAGGAUCUGAAACCUCAUGUUGGCUAUGGAACAGAGAGAAAUCUUCCUCAUUAGGGGAGUGCCGAGUUAAGGCAAAAGGCCAAACCACCGACGUCAACGGAAGGCGAUCGACCAUGCGCUUUCGUCCACUAGUGGACGGCCGACCAGCCCGGACUUGCGGGGCAAGAGCCCAAACAUCCAGUCACGUUGCUUCUGCUUGCAUGCCAAAACCACCAAUGUUUGCAUUCCCUCUAACCUUAGUCCGACCGAUUCUUGAUUUCCUUCAGAACCGCGGAUCCACCCCAGAGAAUGAAAAUGGGUACAAAUCAAGGAAUGGAACCACUUCGUCUCCCGAGCUGGUUCAGGUUCUAGAAUCCCACCGGCCCUAUAAGUCAAGGAGAUUAUUCAGCCAUGUUCACUUUCAAAUGCCGUCAACCAGCAGGGUAAAAAUAAAACAAUAUAUAUAUAUAUAUAAAAAAGUAAAAAAAAAAAAAAGGAGGGGGGUGGUUUGUGGUGACACAUAUGGACUAGUUCAAUUCUUGUCAUUGCUGAGUCCUGACUCAGUAGAUCCCGAUGUAGCAGGUGUUAUAUAUCAAAAAAGGUAUUUUUAGAUCCUCCUGAAACCCUCAUUGGUCACCCCGGAAUUAACUAUUCCUCCUUGAUUUGAUAGCAUCCUCGAUAGUAGCUGUCUGGUGCCGAUC